UUCAGAUGGCUGCUCAGCACAGUUGGGGACGAUGGUGCAUCGGUUCAGCCUGAGAAAGAGGCGCUGCAGCCUCGAGACUGACACGUCAGAGGUCACCAGCGUGGUACCGUCGUCCAGCCCACUGGCCUUCAGUUUGCUGGAGAACCCCAAGCAGGAUUCCCAUGAGGAGGCAGAGGUCAUACUGGAGGAGCUGAAAACUGAGCAUGGCCUCCUCCAGCAGAGGGUUCUGAAGCUCACUGAGCAGAUCCGGGUGCAGCAGACCCACCGCAACACCAACGUCUCGGAGUACCUGCGGCUCAUCGCUCGCACCGACAGCACCCAGGCCUUCCGUUUCAAGCAGGCCUUCGAGAAGAAGAACCACUACCUCUCCUCAGUCAUCCUGCAGCUCCAGAGGAAGCUGGAGCACUAUGUCAGGAAACAGCAGCAGCUGGAGCGAGAGAUGGGCCUGCUGCGGGAGAGGAACCCCUCCCUGUUUGCGAUCCAGGGGGUAAGGGAUGAAUAUCUGCCAGAGGAGAACCAAGGAGAAUCCCCGUUCCACAGCGAAGGCAGUACAUCCAAGAUGACCCUCCUACCGCAGACGUUGUCGGAGAUGCAAGGUGCCUCCAAGGAGACCCCACCGGACACGUUUAACCCUCCCUACCAAAAUCUCCACAUCUCACAGCAACUCACAAUGCCUGACGAAGACUACUCCAUCACCACCAGCUACUCCGAGGAGCUGCAAGACUUGGCAGUGCUGAACUAUGACAUUAAAGCAAACGGGAUCAGCUCCUUCGAUAGGCAACAUAUGGGCUACCUGAACAUACUGGAGGAGUUGACUGACAUCAAAGAAACGCAACUGAAUUUGGAGCUGAACUUUAAGACCAUAGCAGAGCAGUAUAAUCAGCAUUACUCGGUUUUUCAAGAGUCCUUAGAAGAGGAGAGAUACAGGUCAACCCAACUUCAGACCGAACUGAAUGACCUGAUGGACCUUCACCAGAACGAGGUGCUGAACUUGAAGAGUGAGUUGGCCAGCCUGGAGGAGAAGAUAGCCUACCAGUCAUAUGAGAGCAGCAGAGACAUCUGGGAGGUGCUGGAGAACUUCCAGAGCAAAAUGGCUCGGCUGGAGCAACAGCAGCAAGCAGCUCAGGGGGAGAUUCUGGACCACGUCAACACCAGAGAGCUGCUGGGAAAGACCAUGAACCUGUUGCUCAUCAUCUUUGCUGUCGUUCUGAUGUUGAUGUCCACCAUAUCGGCCCUGGUCGCGCCCUUCAUCAAGACCCGGGCUAGGACUAUCAGCACCGCCUUGGUGAUCGUGCUGCUGUUCUUCGUGUGGCACAACUGGGAACUGCUCACUGCCUUCAUUGCCAGGCGGGUGAUCUUCCGUUGGCGUUAAGAGCUGCGGGCUGGAGCAAUGGGUCCACAAACCCCCUUUUCUCCCCCAGGUUCACCGCAGCUCCACAAAGGUGUGGACAGCUGGACAGCUGUGCAGUACAGCGUUGGAGCAAUAAACUGCCUUCCUCCCCAUCCUGCAGCCCGCCCCAGGCCUCUCAAACAACCAUCCAGAGGAGGAUAGUAGCACCUGCCCAGAAAGAGCCAAAUUAAACACCCAGUUCCUUGCUCCAUAUGUUACGACGCAUCAAGUCUAUAUCCACAUACAUCUUAGGGUUCCUGCUCCGAUCACUCCCUCAAGCAGCUCCCUCCACCAGCUUCCACGUGAAAAGGUUUCUUCUCGAGCCUGCCCCUUCAUCUCCCUUCCCAACCUCAUCUUUUUACCAAUCAUAUUUAAAUCUUUAUCCCCUGUUUGUUGACCUUUUCUCAAAUGGAAAUAGCUCCCUCCUGGCAUGGUGCCUCACUGUUUUAAGACCUCGAUUAGACCUCCUGUCUAUUUCACCUCCCCCCCCGCCAUCCUUCAUCACUAAAAUUCUCCACUCCAGGCAAACCCUCCUUCUGCAUCCUCUCUUGUGCCAUCACAUCCUUCUUGUGAUACAGCGACCAGAACAGUAUGCCGUACUCUAGCUGCACCCUGACUGGUGUUUUCAGCAAACACCUUACUGCUCUUACACACAUUGUUUAGGCCAAGAUGUACGAGGCUUCUAAUUUUCUUCAGAACUAUCUGAUCUGAUCUGCCCGGUCUUGAAACCUUCAGGGAUCUGUGGACAUGUGUUCCAAGGUCCCCUGCUCUGUUACGAUUCUCACAAUCCUUAAGUUUAUUGUACAAUCUCCUUGUUCUGUUUAUUUCUCCCCAAAUGCAUUAAACCUAAUUUGCGAUAUUAAAUUCUAUUGCCACUCUUCUGCCCUCUCCCUAACCAGUCCAUCGCUACUUUGCUGCAGUUUGUAACUCUCUUCCACUUGGCCAAUUAUCGUAUUCAUUCCAAACAUUAGAAUCAUGCUUACGCUGAAGGCUCUAGUCGGCGAUACCCUCCAGGAACCUGGUUAUGAAGCCUUGUCGAAACAGGAUCCACCCCAGUCACCUUUUAUCUUUUGCCUCUCACUACUCAUACUGUUUUAGAAUCAAACUGCCUGAGGAUUAUGCAGGUUUUUAUCUUCCAAAGCAGUCUACUAUUUGGUUUAAUGUCAAAAUGCUUGCUAAGAUCCGUACGGACCAUGUCUGAAUUGGAGCACCUGCAUCGUCCUUCCUGGUGAACUCCUCAAAACCAAGUCAAAAAAGACCCUCCUUUUAACAAACCAACACCCACUGCCCUUGAUUAACUUGUGCCUUUUUAAAUGACCAUUGAGGCCAUUCAUUCCUUGGUGCUAUUCUUCCCCAAUAAUUAGCAAGCCAAAGUUAGAUUGACUGGUCUGUAAUGACCUGGUUUAUAUCCCUUCCUCAAACAAAAGGCACCACAGUAGCAGGCUCCAGCACAAUACCUGUAGCCACAGAACACUACAAAAUGAUGUUCAGAACCUCUGCUAUUUCUCACUCACAAGCUCGUCUUUGACACACUGAUAUAGGAUGGUUAAUCCAUCCACUUUCAAAAGACACUACACUCCUUAACGUUUUGCCAUCGCUCGGUAGUUCCUGCCCAACAAAGCGCACUCUUUCACCUGAACCACAAUGUCUUCACCAGUUGUGUAUGGCCCUCCCAUGUGAGCAAAAGUAUUCACAGUUCACAACUACAGCCCGUCAAGGUCCAGGCAUCACAGCCUGGAAGCUACGAACGGGCACAGCACAAAGAGCCUUCCCCUUGAGGAGGGGGCUGUACACAAGUCGAUGCAACAGAGUCCAGCCUAGUGUUUUAGCCUGACAUUCAUCAAACCUUUUGCAGCCCUACCCGAUUAGAGUGCCCAGCAGGUGAAACUACCGCUGGAUUGUCAUCAGUUUCGGCACCGACUGCACACAUUGCAAGA